CCAUUUCGAACCCGCGAAUCGCCUCACCGAAACUCCAAAUCAUCCAAAAAGGCUCCAGACGUUAGGAAAAUCAACAAACCCGCCCCGCCAAGGAUUCAACCUUGGGAAGAGGUAACGAGAAGGCCGUUCCUCGAGGGAGGUGGCUGGGCGUCCCUCAGGAAUAGCCAGGAUGCCUCCUCCGCGCAAAGCUUCAUGAGUGCCCAUUAUGCCAGGCCAGGUCCGGCAGUCUCCCCCCUCCGUCCCAUCAUCAUCCCCGCCCCAUACUCUACGGACGCCGCCCACCGCCCUCACCGCCCCGCCCACGACCCGCCCAUCAUCUACUACAUCCAGCUCCCACCCACCGGCGAGGACCUGCAUGGCGCGGGCUUGUCUCCUCUGGUCAUGCAGCCCUUUGGCAAGAGCGGCAUCCCCAUUCCAGGCCCUUACGGCGAGGCCCUGAGCGACGCCCUCAACUACCUGACAAUGAAGCUGAUAAUGACUUUCGAGGUGGUCCUUGGGGGGAUGCUCUUCUUCCUCGGGGCUUCCGCGGGCGCGGUGCUGGCCAAGGUGCUCCUCGAGGACGUGGUCGAGAGGGAGGUGCUGUCCCAGGCCUUCGGAGGCUACGGCGUCAUGGAGCUCGUCAUGAAGUCGGUCGAUAUGUAUGAGCAGUUCACGUGA